CUUAGGAAACCAUCAAUUGUAAAAUGGGUCUCUUGCGCAUCCUUUCCUUGGCCACUUUGCUUCUUUUGUCAUCGUUUGUUGUAGCAUAUGCUAGCGAGGAUACACCAACUUCUUCGGAGUAUGAGACUCCAUCAUACACUCCAACUCCUGUAAACGAGUCCCCAUCAUACACCCAAACCCCGGAAUAUAGUCCAUCUCCAAUGUAUGAAACCCCAUCAUACACCCCUACCCCAGUGAACAGCCCAUCUCCUACAUAUGAGACUCCAUCUUACAGCCCAUCACCUGUGUAUGAAACUCCAUCAUACACUCCAUCUCCCGUGUAUGAAACUCCAACAUACACUCCAUCUCCAUCUUACAGCCCAUCUCCCGUGUAUGAGACUCCAGCAUACACUCCAUCUCCAUCUUACAGCCCAUCUCCUGUGUAUGAUGAGACUCCGUCAUACACUCCAUCUCCUUCUUACAGCCCCUCACCUGUGUAUGAGACUCCAUCAUACACUCCAUCUCCUGUGUAUGAUGAGACUCCGUCAUACACUCCAUCUCCUUCUUACAGCCCCUCACCUGUGUAUGAGACUCCAUCAUACACUCCAUCUCCAUCUUACAGCCCAUCACCUGUGUAUGAGACUCCAUCAUACACCCCAACCCCAUCAUACAGCCCAUCUCCUAAAUAUGAAACCUCAGAAUACACUCCAACCCCGGUCUACAGUCCCUCACCUAAGGAUGAGACACCAUCAUACACCUCAACCCCCACCUACAGCCCAGCUCCUACAUAUGAAACACCGGUAUAUAGCCCAACUCCAUCUUACAGCCCACCAGCUAAGUAUGAGACCCCAUCAUACACUAACUCCCCAGUCUACAGCCCAUCUCCUAAGUAUGAGACCCCAUCAUACACUAACUCCCCAGUCUACAACCCAUCUCCUAAAUAUGAAGACUCAUCAUACACCCCAACCCCAGUUUACAACUCUUCACCGAAGUAUGAUACUCCAACAUACAGCAAUGAAACCCUGGCUUAUAGCCCAUCUCCUAAGUGUGAAACACCACCAUACACUCCAGCCCCAGCUUACACAUAUUCAUCUGAGUACGAAACUCCAUCAUACACCCAAACUCCGGAGUACAAGCCAUCUCCAGAAUAUGAAACCGUAGACACCCCAGCUACAUCUUACUUGCCUUCCCCAAAGAAUGAUGUCCCUUCAUACUCUCAAUCCCCAGAUUACAACCCAUCUUCUACCUACAAAACCCCAUCAACCUCCUCUCCAACAUAUGAGAACAAAAACUAUUACACUCAAGAAAAGGACCUACCUACCCUUUAUGGUGUGCAAGGUGUCAUUUACUGUAGUUCAUGUUAUGACUACACACCAAUUGAAGGAGCCGUAGCCACAAUCUCUUGUGAAGCAAAGGCUAAGCAUGGAUACAAGGAAGCUAAAUUCUCCAUGUUAACCCCUAAAACAGACAAAAAUGGUUACUUCUUAGCUACAUUUACUCCUGAACAACUUGGUGACCAUUUGAAGCCAACUGAUUGCAAAGUUUCCCUUAAAAGCUCUUCGUCAAAGACAUGUAACGUUGCAACGAACGUGCACCUAGGACGAACUGGAGCUCCCCUCAUCUAUACCGAGCAUCUUGCAGGGUACCAAAAUGCAUACAACUUGGAAUUGUAUUCCGUUCCCAUUUUUGCUUACACUUCUAAGGCAAAAUGCGAAAACUAUCCAGCAUACCACAAAAAAUCGAGUAACAAGGCUCCUACAUACACCCCAUCAACCUACACUCCUAACUCGAGUUACAAGGCUCCAUCAUACACCCCAUCAACCUACACUCCUAACUCGAGUUACAAGGCUCCAUCAUACACCCCAUCAACCUACACUCCAAAAUCGAGCUAUGAGGCUCCGGCUUACACCCCAUCAGCCUACGCUCCAAAAUCAAGCUACGAGGCUCCUACAUACAAGCCGUCGAGCUACAAGGCUACAUCAUACACUCCAUCAACCUACACUCCUGAAGCAAGUGACAAGGACCACUCAUCAUGCCCCCCACCAGCCUAUACUCCAAGCUAUUAAACUCCAUCACAUACUACUCCGUAGUCGAGUUAAGAAACUCCGGUGGUUAUAUUCCAAACUCACUGGACGAAGCCCCUACCUACACCAAUUAUGGAUAUUAAGAAAGAAAAUAUUAUGAUUUCAUUCUUUUUCCACUAUAUACUAUAUUUAUAUCCUUUAUACCUAAGUUAAUAUCAAGUUAUAGAUGGCCGUUACUACUGUGCUAUUUGUAUUACAGAGAAUUAUAAUAAUACUAAUUGUCAGUCUUUAUAUUAGCAUUUAACUUUGUGUUCCAU